AUGAGUUGUCAAGUCUUUUCUUCAGCUGACACCUUCAUCCCCUUGACUUCUGACUCGUCUUCCACUCUGCCUCUGAUAAUGCAUCAUAGUGCUGCAGAGUGCUUACCCGUCUCCAAUCAUGCCACUAAUGUGGUUUCUACAGGUAUUGUUUCUCUUAUUCCAACCCUUAAAUAUGCCCAUAUAUGCUUUUCCAUGGCUACUAUGGGAAAUAUGCCAUCAGGUCUGCAUUAUUCUGUUCCUUCUUGUCAUUAUGGAAACCAACAAACUGCAUAUGGGAUGAUGGCAGGUGGUCUCACUCCUUGCCUGUAUAAAUUCCCUGAGCAUGCUCUAAGUGCCAGUUCAUGUGCUCUAGGCCACAGCUUUACUUCCAUGCACCCGUCUCUACUUGGAGCUGAUCCUACCACUGAUUUUAAGCAGGAAUUUCGGAAGAAGGCCAAGUCACUUGAUGAACCAAUAGAUAUGGAUUCUCCAGAAAUUAGAGAGUUGGAAAAAUUUGCCAAUGAGUUCAAGUUGAGAAGAAUUAAGCUAGGUUAUACACAAACAAAUGUUGGAGAAGCUCUAGCUGCAGUGCAUGGCUCUGAAUUCAGCCAGACUACUAUUUGCCGGUUUGAAAACUUGCAACUGAGUUUCAAGAAUGCCUGCAAACUAAAAUCCAUAUUAACUAAGUGGUUGGAGGAAGCAGAACAAGUAGGAGCUCUAUACAAUGAAAAAGUUGGCAUGAAUGAACGGAAAAGAAAACGCAGAACCACCAUUAGUAUUGCCGCAAAAGAAGCUUUGGAAAGCCAUUUUACAGAACAAAGCAAGCCUUCAUCUCAGGAGAUCAUGAGGAUGGCAGAGGGGCUGAAUCUGGAAAAAGAAGUGGUGAGAGUUUGGUUCUGCAAUCGAAGACAAAGAGAAAAGAGAGUGAAGACAAGUUUACACCAGAACACCUUUAAUUCCAUUAUUAAGGACCAUCAAGAGUGCUAGUAGAAUUCUUUCCACAGACAAAUGGAUUUCUUAGCUUUAACUGUUUGAAAAACUUCUUGCCCCACCAUACCAACAAAGAAAGUAGUAUAUUACCUUUAUAAAUGUAUUUAAUAAUGAAAGUUUAACUUUAUGUAUUUCCAUAAGUACCUUUACUUAAUAGAAGGCAUUAAAACUGUAUGCUUCAAAAAUGAUUGACACUUCAGGAACAUUUCACACCUCCCUGCUAUUCAUUAAGAAACUCCUUUCUCUUCAGGAUUCUCCACCAGCUGGAAAAAGAAGUCUAGCUAUUUAAAGGUCGCAUCAACUUUGAAUUAUCAGGGUUUGUGCAAAUUCUAGGGCAUUCUUCAAAAUCAUUGGUGAAGGGUCUAUUGCUCUGGAAGUCCCAUCAUAUUAGUGCAGAAAGACAAGAUAUUUGGAAAGCUAAAAAACAGGCAUUUUUUCCCCUCUUAUGAAGACUGGUUAAUUUAUUGCCUGAUUUUUAGUUUUUGCAAGAAGUAAUUUUUGGUGCUGAAAAGGUAAACAUCUCUAAUAUUUGUUAAAAAUAUCAAUUAAAUAUACCAAUAAAUUAAAUAAUAUGUUUUUAUAUUUAAUUAAGCCCGAUUUUUUUGAAAAUGGUACAUUGGUGAUUAAAUAGGAAGCAUUAUGCCAGGUCUCAUUUGGAAUUUGGACAUCCAGUUGUUAGCAAAUGGUUAACCUGGGAGUCUCUAUCUCAUUCACAAAAUGGCUAUCACAAAACCACAUCACCCCUGAUCCCAACCCCAAAUCAGGUAAACAAACAAACAAAAAAGUGGGAAUGUGAUGAUGGUAUCUAUAUACUGUAGUUCUUUAAUCCAAUAUUUUAUUAGCACCAUUUUAUAGUAAGAUAAAUUAGUGUAGUAUGUUUCAACAUUAAGUAUUUCGCUCUCCUAUGAGAGUGAGAUUUUGAAGGAGGGCUAAAAAAAUUGCAGAAAUUCCUAAAGCAGGAAUUGAGAGAUGAGAAAACAAACAAACAAACUGAAAUUGAAAAGUUGCCAAGUUAAAUUCUGCCUCAUAUUGGGUGCAUUUUUUCCUGUCUAGUACUUCUUUUAGAUGUUCCCUUUCAGCAAUCUGCAGUUA